AUGCACAGAGCAGAGCUGCCUGAGCCCCAGCUCCAACCUCUAGAUGUGACCAGGGGUCAGAUCGGCGCUGCAAAAAAAGAAGAUAUAAAGCUGAGUGUUAGAAAGUUGCUGAACAGACACAACAUCGUGUUUGGUGAUUACACGUGGACCGAAUUUGAUGAGCCGUUUCUGGCCAGAAACGUGCAGUCUGUGUCCAUUGUGGACACAGAGCUGAAAGCUAAAGGCCCACAGCCUAUUGAUUUGAGCACAUGCACAGUUGCACUGCACGUCUUCCAGCUGAAUGAAGAUGGUCCCAGCAGUGAAAACCUGGAGGAAGAGACCGAAAACAUCAUAGCAGCAAACCACUGGAUCCUCCCUGCGGUGGAGUUCCAUGGUCUGUGGGACAGCCUGGUGUAUGACGUGGAGGUUAAGUCACAUCUCCUUGAUUACGUCAUGACAACCGUGCUGUUUUCAGAAAAAAACGUUGACAGCAACCUAGUGACCUGGAACCGCGUUGUUUUGCUACAUGGUCCUCCAGGAACUGGGAAAACGUCCUUGUGUAAAGCGCUAGCCCAGAAACUGACCAUCAGGCUCUCUAGCAGGUAUCGCUACGGUCAGUUAGUUGAAAUAAAUAGCCACAGCCUCUUUUCUAAGUGGUUUUCCGAGAGUGGCAAGCUGGUGACCAAGAUGUUCCAGAAGAUUCAAGAUCUGAUAGACGACAAAGAGGCUUUGGUAUUCGUGCUCAUCGAUGAGGUCGAGAGCCUGACCGCGGCCCGAAAUGCCUGUCGGGCAGGCACCGAGCCCUCUGAUGCCAUCCGAGUGGUCAAUGCUGUCCUGACCCAAAUAGACCAGAUUAAAAGGCACUCAAACGUCGUCAUCCUGACAACGUCCAACAUCACCGAGCGCAUCGAUGUGGCCUUUGUGGACAGAGCCGACAUCAAACAGUACAUCGGGCCACCGUCGGCCCCUGCCAUCUUCAAGAUCUACCUCUCCUGCCUGGAAGAGCUGAUGAAGUGUCAGAUCAUCUACCCUCGGCAGCAGCUGCUGACCCUGCGUGAGCUGGAGAUGAUCGGCUUCAUUGAGAACAACAUUUCCCGGCUAAGCCUCUUGCUCAGUGAGAUUUCACGGAAGAGCGAAGGCCUGAGCGGGCGGGUCCUGCGGAAGCUCCCCUUCCUAGCCCACGCACUGUAUGUGCAGGCCCCCACUGUCACGGUAGAGGGCUUCCUCCAUGCCCUGUCCCUGGCGGUCGACAGACAGUUUGAAGAGAAGAAGAAGCUGUCUGCUUGA